AUACUAUUUGAACUACUAAUGAAAGAUUGCAACCAUUUAAGUUUGAUGGAACCGUCCAUUGCUUCAAAAUCAAUCGCAUUCAAGCCUCCUUCUUCAAAUGACUUCACUAUAUCAUUCUUCCUAAUAUAAUGAUGCUUGUUUCUCCAAAUGUAAUUGUAAUUAAUUUGAUUUAUCCUCUUGGUUAACCUAUUGGAAACAUAUAAACAUUGUGAAGGAUAAAUAAAACGAGAAAUACCUUCUGUUUUACUUUUUAGUAAGCAAGACGAGUCCAAAGAUGGAGAGGUCUCUUUGUAGCCAACUGUUUAAAAUCUUUUUAGAUUUUUGGGUAAAAUGCUCAAAAUUUAAAUAUUCUCUAUGUAUUCUUUGAGAUUAUAAUACCCAAAUAUUUUACAUCAGUUUUAAUAGCUAUGUUAAGAGGGCUACUAGGCUAGCGUGACUGUGUUGUCCGCCAUUAUUCAAACUUGCCGAAAGUCCCUCCCCUUCCGCUACGUAGUCAAAAUGGCGUCCGUUUAGUGCGAGUAGUGUCCAUCGUUCUGCACUGCGUUUACUGGCCGUUUUCAGUGCACCAUCCGGGUACUUUCAGUGCACUGAAUUUUGGCUUAGUUGUCAGUGUGAACGCACUACGCCCUAAAAUAGCGCACUAAAAGUGCGCAAGUGCGCGAUUUCGGAAACACCCUAUGAAUGAACCGGAUCCGGAACUACGGAUUUUUUUUUUUUUUUGGAACUACGGAUCCAGUAGUACGGUGUACGGAGUACCGACUACCGAGUAGUGACAAGCUCCAUUGUAGACUUGCAGGAUGCCCCCCUUGAUGGAUAUAUCCGCUCCCAGAGAGCACUGCGCCGAGUCAUGGAUCAGAAUGACAACGACUUGCAGGGUACAGAUUCUACAGGGAGUCUGGGAGGGCCUGAUGUCCGUAGACGUAUUCCUAUCAAGCUUAUCUCCAAACAGGCUGUCAGGGCCAAGCCUGUGGCUCGACCACAGCGUGGCCCAAACCGUCUGUCGUCCAAAACACAGCUGGGGGAUGAAGAUGGUUUUGGCUACAAGCAGGAGGAGCGGUUUGAGUGUAAGUCUGGUGAUGCAUUUGGAAGCCAGCGGCGCUUCCCCCAGCAGAUGUUUUGGGACUAUAAGCUGAAUUUGAUUGGUGAGAAGGAUGAGACACCCAUCCAUUUCUGUGACAAGUGCGGCCUACCCAUAAAAAUGUAUGGUCGGAUGAUUCCCUGUAAGCAUGUCUUCUGCUAUGAGUGUGCUGUACUCCACGAGAAGAAGUCUGACAAGAUUUGUCCUGGUGUGUCCCUGUACAGCUGCACGGACCCAGUCCAGCGCAUCGAGCAGUGCCUGAGGGGCUCCCUCUACAUGUGCAGUAUCGUGCAAGGCUGCAAGCGCACCUACCUGUCCCAGCGUGACCUGCAGGCCCACAUCAACCAUCGGCACAUGCGGGCGACAAAGCCAGCGGCAGGGCGCCCCACCACAGGUGGCACUGGGGCAGGCAGUGACCCAUUAGCAGAGCGCUUCCUCCUGCCCCCGGACAAGCACCGUCUGCCCCCACUGCCACACCUCCCAAAGCCACACAUCCUGAUCCCACCCCCCUUGCAACACACAGGUCACAACCCUUAUGGCCAGCCACAGCCGCCACUCGAAGACCUUCGGGCAAGCCAAGCUCCACCCUCCUCCGAUGUUGGGCCUUCCCGCUCCAUCGCCCAGGAGACCUUCCGCAUUGCCACGGUAACCACACGGAAACACAGCAACCUCAUCACCGUGCCCAUCCAAGAUGAUUCCAGCAGCAGCUCCUCCCGUGAGCCCUUACCUCAGCCUGUUCCUGCUCCACCCCCACACCACCACCCUGGGGACUACCCUGGACAGCCUGUUGUGCCUCACCCGCACCACAUGAUGGCGCCACAGCAGCAUUAUGGGCCACCCCCUCCCCCUCCUCCUCCCAUUGGACACCCAAUGCAGCACCCACCCCAGGGCUCAGCAACCACCCACAUGGUAUAUAGCCAGGCCCCACCACCACCCAUGUCUUCAGCUCCACCACCUAUUACCCCACCUCCUGGACACAUAAUUACUCAGAUGCCCCCCUACAUGAACCAUCCUCCACCUGGCCCCCCGGUCAGUGCACCCCUGCCCCUUCACUAUAAUCCAGGCUCCAUGCAACAGUUUCCUGAGGAUCAGGGCACUCUCAGUCCCCCCUUCAGCCAGCCUGGAGGACUGAGUCCUGGGAUGUGGCCUGCCCCCAGGGGGCCGCCUCCAUCGCGAAUGCAGGGGCCUCCACCACAGGGUCAGAUGCCUGGACCUCACCACCCUGACCAGUCUCGCUAUCGUCCGUACUACCAGUAACCCCCCCCAGUCUCCCUCUGGGGUCAGUAAUGAAGAACCCAUAUCGCUUUAUCUCUGCAGUGUCCAACAGUGCUUUAAGCUUUUUGUUUGAUUCAGCAUUUGUAUGGGCCCUGUAUUCAGUGAGCAAGGCAUAGCACAUAAGGGGCGAAAGGUCCCAUUUUCUUUUCACAUAUGGUGUCACUAAUUUAUUAACAAUUUGUUUGUUCCUAAAUAAUUUUAAAUACCCCCUGUCUUUAAGUUUGAGUCUGUGUCAAGGUUGAACAAGCUAUUUUGUUUUCUCUUUGUAAUUAUCUCCAACAGCCGAUUGAGUAUAAGUUGCCGAUGCCUGGUAGCUUGAUGGUUCUCAGAGGGUUUAAAUCUUAGUAAAAAGUGGGUGCUGAGGGACUGCAGUCAGUUUUCUUAGUCUGAGGGCUCUAUAGUAUCCCCGUUUUUUGUGGCCAUAGCCCUUGUUUCUUUGACAGCUGAUGAGGGCCCAUCUCUCCCUGGGUCCUUGCUUUAUCUGAUUGUUUGAGCAAUGCCAGCCCUUUGUUCUUUCCUCUAUUGCUUGGUACUAAUUUUCUGCAUCAAUUAGAUGUCUUGGAAUCUCACUCCACAUCAGUGAUAGGUUUGAUACAAUGUAAUUGUCUGAAACAGUUACCCCUUCAACAUCCUUGGAGUCCAUUAAGUGUAAACUGAUUUUGGCAAUGAGCCAGUUAUUCUUGAAAGGCUAAGCAUAGUGACAUUUUUGUUAUUUGAAUGAUGACUCUAGGUAUAAUUAAGAUAAAUAGGAAAUCUGCACAUCAUGCAGUAGUCUGGAACAGCAAAUAUAAUUGUGGUUUUGGAGCUGGACUUCACCAGGAGGAUGCAGUUAACAUGGAAGAAAAUGUUAAAUAAAACACCAAUUUCUUGAAUAAUGAAAUCUGAUAAGCAAAUGAAUCUGGUUAUUUUAAGACUGUUAUUUAGUUGGACUGUGAAAACUUGCCUGCUAACCCCAUCUCCAUACAUCCCCAGUGUAAUAAUCCCAGUGGGUCUGGGGGUGACACCCCCCCCGCCCCGUUGGUGGGGUUAUUGCUAUAGACCUUGAGAGCUGCCGUGCUGUGGUGUUUCUGUACAUAUUUUAACGUAUGAUUUACACUUGAAAUGUGUGGAGAAAUUCUUUUAACAGUGUAUUCGGAGAUGGUCCUUCAGCACCUAAGCUGUAACUACCAAGCCAUAUAUCAGGUCUCAUCCAUUUGGUGGACAGUGCAGUAAUUGUACAGUCAUGUGCAACUACAACUGAAGUGUCCCCUUAAUAAUUAUUCUCUGUAAGGUGCCUGGAUCAACUGGUCUUUAUUGCAAUAAUCUUAUUGUGCUACCAAAUGACUAAUAGAAUUGUGCUAUCACGACCAGGAUAAGUUAUUAGAAGAUGAUGGGUGGGUUAUUUAACAACACAAAAAUGAAAAUAAAUCCAUUUUUCCCCAAA